AUGGAGAACUUCCAAACUACCUUCAACUCUAGUACUACUGCAGCCAAUGAUGCUCUUAAGAGUUUGGGUUCUCUUUUCAAAUCUAAGAAGGCUAAAUUGCAAGAGAUGCGUACUGGGCUGAAAACUGAUCAUGAAAUAUUUCAAGCCUCUAUCUCCUCUCAAAUUUCAAAGCUUCAAGACGAACUGGAAAAGGAGAGUAACAUCAAGGAUUCUCUUGCACUCAAGACAGAAGAAGUAAAGGUCUUAAGUGCGAAACUGGAAGCUUCAGAGAAACAUGUCAAUGAUUUGUUAUUUGAGAGAAUUGUCAUGCAAAGCUUUAUUAUAGAUGUUACAAGCAUGCUCUCUGAAAUUCUUGAGACUAUGGACUCAAUGCUCACCAUCAUAGUCUGA